AAUCACCUCCCGAACCACCCCUUUCAAGGUGUUACAACAUUUUUGGGACACCCUGUAUAGGGACACAAAUAUCAAAGGUUUCGACGAGAGUUUUGACUCUGUUAAACCACUGUAGUUUCAGGUAUAAAUUCACCAAUUACGAGGCAGUAAAUAAAAACUCUAAUUUUGACUUGAAAAUCACGUUUUUCGUCGAAAACAACCAAGUACAGUAAGUGAUACUAUUCUACCGAUUAAAGCAAAAUGACCAAGAAACGAAAAGUGUCUAAAAAGACAAAAAAAUCAUGGCGCAAACAUGUAGAUAUGAAAGAUGUUGACAAAUUCUUAGAUGAUUCUCGAUUAGAAGAGAGGUUAGGUUCUUUCUCUACUCGUAAAAAUUCCGAUUUAUUUACCGUUUCUACGGAACCUGAGAUCCUUCCGAAAAAAGCACGUCGCGAAUUGCUGCUAUCGAAAGAGCCACGAUGUUUCAAUAUCUUGAAACCUCAUACAUCCGUCCCUGAUCCGAUAACAAAAAGAAAUCGUGUAAAAACUAAAGAUGAAAGGAAAAAUUCUCUAGUUUUGCGAAAAGAAGCUCUCAGGAAGUCUCAAGGUAUUUUAAAAUUGAAAGAAAAAAUACGUAUAAAAAAUAAGAGCAUCGCAGCACUAAAAAGAUUAAGUAGGCCCAAGAGAGGAGAGUUCAACAGUGAUGUCUGGAAAGAAAAAUUUGGAAAAGAAAUCGAUACAGAUUGGAUGUCUUCAGGUACUGUAAAACAUACGCUAUCUCAUUUUGGAAUGAAGAAGAAGAAAUUGCCUACUUCCUUACAUAAGAAACAGUCUGUGAUACCAGCAAUUGAAGCACCACAUCCAGGAACAUCUUACAACCCUUCGUUUGAAGAUCAUCAAAACUUAUUGCAAGAGAUUGCAAAAAAAGAAAUGGAAUUAAUAAAGGAGGAAAAACAUUUGGAAAGGGUUACCUCAAAGAUGUUUAAAAAGGUUUCACCAGAGGAAAAAGAAAAAGCUUUCAUGAAAGAAAUGUCAGUAGGUCUCAAACCAGAAGAAAAUGAUGAAUCUAUCAUAGAUGAUGAUCCAGAAGUGAAAUCUAUAAACCCACCAGUAGAAAACCGAAAAAAGACACUUGUACAGAGACGUAAACAGAAAGAACAAAAGGAGUUAGCUCACAAGAUUCAGCGAGAAAAAUUGGAGAAGAGAAAACUCUCUGAUAUUUACAAAUUAAGACUAUUAGAUAAGCAAUUAUCUACUAAAGAGAAAAAGGCAAAGAUGCUCAGAGAAAAGAGGUUGAAAAAGAAAGCACUGAAAGCAAUGGGUACUAAAACCCUUAGUAAAGUUAAAUUUGAACCAUUAAACCCUGAUUUCAAGUUAACAGAAGAAUUGACUGGAAAUUUGCGGAAUUCUGAACCAGUUGGUAAUUUAUUGAAAGACCGAUUCAAAUCACUUCAACAGAGGAAUAUUGUUGCUCCUUCUACUAUUAAACUAAAACGAGACAAAGCUAAAGUAAAACGAUUUAUAAAACCAGAUCACAAAAUUGAUAUGAAACAGGUCAAAAAUACGAAAGUGUAACUUUCAUUAAGUAAUGUACAUAGACUAAAUAAUAAUUUUAUUUAAGUAUAAAUCGUGAGGAUAUCUAUUUAUACAGAAGUUAUAAAUGCCAAGAAUUUGUUAUAGAAUAUAUGGGAUGAAGUUUACAAACUUCUUUAAGCAAGUAAAUUUCAAAACGAAAUAAUUAUUUAGGAAAUAAUUUUGUAUAAUAUUUAAAAAAAUAAUAAAGUUAUGUAUACAAAUGUUUCCUUCCUAAUAA